AUGCUUGUUAAAACAUAAUCACAUCACUAAUGAAUGGACAUCUUUAAACAACUCGACUAAUUUACAAAAUUAUACAAUGAUGAAAGCUUCAAAAUGUGGAAGGAUAGUAUGCUGUGGAAGUUGGAAAU